CUUCGAGGAAGCUUCUCCACCAAGUAGCAUGCCGGAAGCUAGCGUGUGUCAGAUACGGUUUGAUAAUAACCCUUGCGGUGUUUACUUCCCCGGGCAGAACCUGUCCGGCCACGUCGAGCUGCGCGUACUGGAAACGUUCAAAGUUAAAGGUGUCAGCCUGCAGAUUAAAGGAUUCGCCGAGGUCAAGUGGUCGGAAAGCAGCGGUACUGGAAAAUCCCGCCGAACGGUGUACUACCAUGGGCGGCAGGACUACAUCAACACCGUCACGUACCUGCAGGGUUCACCGGAAGGUACCGCGUUCGAUAUUGCACCCGGAACGCAUACGUACCGAUUCGGUUGUCAGUUGCCCACCAACCUGCCCACCUCGUUCGAGGGUCAGCAUGGCCACAUACGGUACACGGUCCGGGUGGUGCUUCAUCGCCCGUGGAAGAUAGACCCGACGUAUAAGGUCGGCUUUACGGUGCUACGCCACGUGAAUCUUAACGAGAAUGCGCUCUCGCUGUCGGUACCAUGCAAGCUCGAGAUCCAGAAGGUGUUCUGCUGUGGUCCUUGCGCCUCCGAACCACUGUACAUUUCCGCACAGAUACCGAUCAGUGGGUACGUGCCCGGUCAAACGAUUGCGGUACACAUCGAGGCAUCCAACCGCAGUCGAAGGCGGGUGCAGGAGUUCAGCACGAAGCUGGUGAAGAACGUGUGCUACAUUAGCCAAACACCGUAUAGUCGCGUAAAAAUGGUGCCGGAAGUUGUGGCGGAGGUACGCUGUCAAGGAGUAGCCGCCGGUGAUCAGGGUACCUGGGAUCAGCAUAUACCGAUACCGGCCCUUCCCUCGACCAGUAGUCAGUGCCAGGUGCUGACGCUCGGGUAUGAGGUGGAGGUGGAGGGAAAGAUACCGGGACCAAACAUCAAUCCACGAAUUCGCAUUCCGAUAACUCUCGGUACGGUUCCGCUGGCGGCACAUGCGAUUCCGACGAUGGGCAUAAUGAACCAUCAACUGCAAGCAUUUCCCGUACCGUCGGUGUCAGCUCAGGCCGUUGCAGAAGCAUCAGCACCACCGAUACCGUACGAUCAACUCAAACCGAAUGCCGACCAACUGCCACCACCUACGUACGAAGAAGCCGUUGGAGCAACUCCAGCCAACAUUCUCGAGGAAGGCGAAGAAAAUACGGGCAGCAAUCGUUUCACGCCACAGUACAUGGUUUAUCGUUUCAACGAGUAG